AAGCACUACUCGGUACAAUGAGGUAUGGUCCACGCGGCCAGAAACGGCGCUCGUGAUUUCAUUUCGAUACACAUUCACAUUUUCGACAUCACAUUAAGUACAUUGCAUAUUUCAUAUCAUCAUUUUACAUCAUACAAAUACAAUUAACUGCACCCACUAAUCAACAUACGUUUGCGCAAAAGAAAAUAAAAUCAACAAACAUUUUGUAAUCUUAUCGUUGCUAACCUAAGCAUAUGUCAAAAAAAAAAAUACUAGUCAAAGCAAGCCACCAUCUUCCUGUGAGUACAUCUUCCUGUGAGCAGUACCCUUCUCGUAUUUUUGUUACCCCGAGAGGUGCAAAAAAAUGUCUUUCCAAGACCCUAGAAUAUCCAACCCUCAGACCAUUAUUCAGCUCUAUGCCCUGCUCAAUAUUAUCCCGGCCGCUACCUCUACCAAGCAGCUUCUUCGUGGUCUCAGUUCUCACUCGUCUGCUCCACGAGACCACGACGGAUCGACUCGCUCUGUCUCGGUGGAGGUGUUGCAGAGGCCGGAGACUCUCCGUCCCGUCCAGGGACCCUGCCCAACUGCAGGACUAGGCGCGCGGCCCGCCGGCGUCGAAGCGUCAGAGGACCACCCGACUACGAGCUCCUGCCUCGGAGGACCAUUAUCCGACCGCAAGCCGCAGGGUAAGGCUCGCGGCUUCGGCGCUUCGCUUGUUAACCCGGCCCGUACGUCGUGAACCUAUCCCCGUAGGAGCAGGCCGACCCAUCGUGAACCGACUAUCUCUCGCUCUAUCUCCCCUUGCUCCGACCAACUUUCCUUAUCUGUCUCCCCCCAUUCCGCUCCGUCGAUCAGACCAUCACACGCGCAAAACGCGAAUCCGGCCGCCCAAUCGACAACAGUUGAAACCCUAGUUUGGUGGCGCCGGCAGGAGCGCGCUGAGCGGAGAGGUUGAGCGAAGAAUUCGAUCUCAGACGAGUACGAUGUCAUCGUCGAGCAUUCCGCCGGCAGAGACGCCCCCAUCGCCGCAAGACCGGAAGCUGUUCGUCGGUUUAGGCGCCAGCAAGAGCAGUAUCACCGUGGCCAUGCUCCGCGAGCACUUCGCCAAGUUCGGCGAGGUGGCCUCGGUGUUCCAGCCCAAGCACAAGCGCACGGGCAUGCCACGGGGCUUCGCCUUCGUCCAAUUCAAGCGCCGCGAAGACGCGCAGCGCGCGCUCACUGCUGACCCGGACAGCCACGUCGUCGGCCGUUGGAAGGAAUGGAUGCGUCGGGGAUAACGAUGCUCGACUCGUCGGGGCGGCCCAUGGCGCGAAACCUGCCAGCGGUGGAGAAAUCAGGCGCGGGGCUGCAGGCAGUCAGAUUCUUUGAGCUCGGGGACAACGGCAACCUAGGCCUCUACUUCUUUGACCAAGGCCUCAACGGGUUCAGCACCACAUACAAGGCGCUCGGGUUCUGUGAGCUUCCCCUCACGCCUGAGGGGUCCAUAGAGUCUACUCCUCCUCCGGUACCUGC